GUUGAUCCUCCGGUCGUCAGUCGCGGUAGUUUGUGCCUCGGAACAGGACGGUUCACUUAGAGAAGAAGGAAGAACCGGGUGCGCGGUCGAGAACUCUUGAUUUUAGCGUGUGUCGUCCCGUUUUGGUGAAGUUACAGAUAGAUUAUACAGAACAUGUGGAAUUCGUCGGUGGUGUGUUUGGCCCUUCUGGGGGUCCUGGGGUCGGUUAGCGGAACGACGAAACUGCAGGAACGCUACAGCUGGCGUCAGUUGGACUUUGUGUUCCCGAACCAGCAGCUGAAGCAGCAGGCCUUGGCCAGCGGAGACUACGUGCCCACGAAUGGACUCCCGGUCGGAAUCGAACGCUGGGAGAACAAGCUCUUUGUGUCGGUCCCAAGAUGGAAGGAUGGUAUCCCGUCUACCCUGAACUACAUCGAUAUGAAUCAGACUCCGUCCGGGUCGCCACCGCUGAUCCCUUACCCAAGCUGGGCCAACAACGUGGCCGGAGACUGUCAGAAUGGCCUGUCGACCGUGUACCGUAUCAAGGCUGACAAGUGCGGACGCCUCUGGGUUCUGGACACCGGUACCGUCGGAAUCGGAAACACCACCCAGCAGCUGUGCCCGUACGCGUUGAACAUCUUUGACCUCAAGACCAACACCCGUCUGCGUCGGUAUGAACUGCGUGCCGAAGACACCAACCAGAACACCUUCAUCGCCAACAUUGCCAUCGACAUGGGACGCAGCUGCGAGGACACCUUCGCCUACAUGUCCGAUGAACUGGGCUACGGACUGAUUGCCUACUCAUUCGAGAAGAACAAGUCCUGGCGGUUCGAGCAUAGUUUCUUCUUCCCAGAUCCUCUGCGCGGAGACUUCAACGUUGCCGGCCUGAACUUCCAAUGGGGUGAGGAAGGCAUCUUCGGAAUGUCGCUUUCCCCAUUGCAGUCCGAUGGCUUCCGCACCAUGUACUUCUCCCCAUUGGCCAGUCACCGUGAAUUCAUGGUCUCCACUCAAGUCCUACGCGACGAAGAAGGUGCCGAAGAGAGCUUCCACAAGUUCACCUACCUGAAGGAACGAGGACCCAACAGUCACACUACAUCCCGAGUCAUGAGCGAAACCGGACUGCAGCUAUUCAACUUGAUUGACCAGAACGCCGUCGGAUGCUGGCAUUCGUCGCUCCCUUACAGCCCCGAAAACCAUGGAAUCGUCGACCGUGAUGAUGUGGAACUGGUCUUCCCCGCUGACGUCAAGAUCGAUGCCGAAGAGAACGUGUGGGUCAUCUCCGACCGUAUGCCAGUGUUCCUCAUCGCCGAGCUGGACUACAGCGAUGUCAACUUCCGCAUCUUCACCGCUCCUCUGAGCACCCUGGUCGCUGGAACCGUCUGCGACGUUAGGCCUUCGCUCCGACCAGGUGCCAUCCAGUCCAAGUUCGGUGGAUCCGAUCUGGCCACCUAUCCAGGCACCACCCUGCUCCCAGUCGGGUACACACAACCCAUCAGCUAUACCCCGUCCUCGUACGCCCCAACCGUUGCCCCUGUCACCAAGUACACAGCCGCUCCAGCGUACGACCAUCCCACAUCCCACAUGUACACGACCCAAGAAUAUCCGACGACCGCCAAGGCGUACCACUUCAACAAGUACCACAACGUAGAGUAUCAAUCGCAUGGAAAUGGUCAAGCUGACUACCACUUCGGACACGGUGGACACUACCACGAUCACGACCACGCCCAUGACUACGGUCACGAUCACGGAUACUACGGUGGUGGCCAACGCCGCCAUUGGGGAGCAGGCGCCAAGAAGCCCGAAGCCUGGAAGCAGCAGCUGUACUAGAAUCGAGAGAAUGCACCAUACUAGAGAUGUAACCGCACAAUUUUCGUUUUAGAGAAAUUUAGGUAAAUUAUUUGUCAGUGUAAAAGUACCCGUCAAGUUUCUUAUGUUUAAGUGCUAAGAUCGAACGAACCAACUCAAGUCGAAUAAAGUAAGAUUUUUGUUA